CGGGCCAGCGGGGGCAGGCGGGCUGGAAGCUGGGGCGGUGGUGCGCGUCCGCAUUUCGCCCGCGUUUCCGCGGUUACCUGUGCCUGGAGGUGAUUUGAAGGGCAGGGGGCGGAGAAGUUCGCGGCGCCUCCCGGGAGCCGACCAGACAGACCUGCGGGCCGCGCUGUGCAGCCCGCGCAUCUUGCACCCGGAUAGCGGUCCCGGCGGGAAGGCCGGCCCGGGUGGACCCUGUUCGGGCCCCUGUGCCCGGGCGGGCAAGAUGGCCACGCCCCCGGCGGAGACGGCGCCUCCGGGACACCGUCGGGGACAGAGGACCAGCUUUCUCCACGGGCCCUACCACUCCCACCUCUUUGGCCUCACUCCAUGACAACCACUUCUCCAUCUCUGCCUCUUUUCUGGUCUCCCCCACCCCCAAGCCCUCCCACCCGGCUGCUUCCCCGAGCUCCCCCACUACCUCUCCCUCAGGUCCAAGCCCUCACCUCACCAUGGGUGGUUCUCCCCCCAGGAAAGGGGGAGGAGGGACCAGGACCUGAGUUACACAGCGGCUGCCUGGAUGGGCUUAGGAGCCUAUUUGAGGGACCUCCCUGCCCCUGUCCUGGGGCUUUGAUACCUUUCCAAGCCUCUGGGACUGCCCACUCUUCCCCUGCCACUCCAUCAGGAGACCCGAGUAUGGAGGAGCACCUGGCUGUCAUGUAUGAGAGACUGAGACAAGAGCUUCCCAGUCUCUUCCUUCACUCCCAUGACUACACUCUCUACUCAUCGGAUGUGGAAUUCAUCAAUGAGAUCCUGAACAUGCGUACCAAAGGCCGGACAUGGUACAUUCUGUCACUGACCCUCUGCCGCUUCCUGGCCUGGAACUAUUUUGCACAGCUUCGGCUGGAGGUUCUACAGCUGACCCGCCACUCUGAGAAUUGGACCCUGCAAGCCCGCUGGCGGCUUGUGGGGCUGCCCAUCCACCUACUCUUUCUGCGUUUCUAUAAACGUGACAAGGAAGAGCUUUACCGGACCUAUGAUGCCUAUUCCACCUUCUACCUGAAUUCCAAUGGGCUCAUUUGUCGCCAUCGCCUAGACAAACUGAUGCCUUCACACUCACCCCCAACGCCCGUGAAGAAGCUGCUAGUGGGAGCCCUGGUGGCUCUGGGGCUGUCGGAGCCAGAACCCAACUUACACCUGUGUUCCAAGGGCUGAUCAGGAACUGGGGCAGAGGCAGCAGGGAAGACUUGCUACGCACAAGAGGACGAGGUGGAGGUGGCCAAAGACCUCAGGAGCCAGCUUCCUCCCCUCUUCUCUCUCCUCCUUUACUUUCCAUCUCAUGCUGUGUAAAGCUGCUGUGUAAUUUAACUUGUAAAUAAUAAAAUCUAAGUGAAUAUAUGA